UACGCAUUGUUGUUACGCACUACGUAACGUCCCUGUUCCUGUGGGUGGGAAGCCCCUAGCUCGACCUGCCACCGCCCGGCCCAGAGACACUCGGAGAGACGCAGAUCUUGGAUGAGUAGUAAGGAUUGUACAACAUAGCUAUGCAGACCAUCAAGUGUGUUGUAGUGGGGGACGGAGCAGUCGGUAAAACAUGUCUGCUCAUCUCUUACACCACAAACAAGUUCCCCUCUGAAUAUGUACCAACGGUGUUUGAUAACUAUGCUGUGACUGUAAUGAUUGGAGGGGAGCCCUACACUCUGGGCUUGUUUGACACUGCAGGUCAGGAGGAUUACGACCGGUUACGACCUCUGAGUUAUCCCCAGACUGAUGUCUUCCUUGUCUGCUUCUCAGUCGUGUCCCCAUCUUCCUUUGAGAACGUCAAAGAAAAGUGGGUACCGGAGAUAACUCACCACUGUCCAAAGACUCCCUUCCUGCUGGUGGGGACCCAGAUUGAUCUGCGGGACGACCCCUCGACCAUAGAGAAGCUGGCCAAGAACAAGCAGAAGCCCAUCACCCCUGAGACGGCUGAGAAGCUGGCCCGAGACCUGAAGGCUGUUAAAUACGUGGAGUGCUCCGCCCUCACACAGAAAGGCCUAAAAAAUGUGUUUGAUGAGGCGAUACUGGCGGCCCUGGAGCCCCCCGAGCCCAAGAAGAAACGCAAAUGUGUGAUGCUAUGAAUGGUGCCCCGUCUCUCAAACACACACACACACACACUCACACUCUCUCACACACACACACACACACACACACACACACACACACACACACACACACACCUUUCCCUUGCUCUGCUAAGGCUGGUUCACAGCGUUUGUCACCAAGUUAUGAAUAGAGUCAACGAACAUGUUAUAUAAAACAAGCCAUCUUUAUUGUAAAAAGUUAGAACGCAAAGCUAACAUGGCUAACAGUGUGUUUAACCAGGACUGGAUAUUGUUCAAUCACACAGCCACCCUUCAAGGGGCUGGCGAUGGUGACCCGCCUCUAUCCGUAGGCUUCAGGGGGUCAACCUAAAUCAAGCCCUGCCCCCUCUGCCUGGCCCAAACACAGCCUUUAUACCUUGCUGUUCGGCCAGCAUCCUUGCCCCAUUACCUCCUUUUUUACCCCCGGCUUUGCCGAGAGGAGUGCGAAUGGAGUAGUGUUUAAAGUCGUUUUGCCAACACCCCUCCCAAGCACAAAUCUGAUACGUUCCACAUUUCAAAUGGGCCCAGUCCCAGGCCCCAUGGGACCCUGGAUUCUGGGCUGGCCUGGUUGAUAUACAGCCGUGUGGCGGUCCACAUGGAGGAUUGUAAACGUAGCUGUGAACCACUCAGAACCCGUUAAGUGGCCAGACAUCAUAGGUUGAGCGUAGCGUUGGCGUGGGGAAUGUGGUAUUUAUUGAAGCUCCAAAGGCUCCCAGUAGCACCGGGCCUGAAGUGGACCGGGCCCUUCUCAAAGCAGGGAACUCCUAACAGUGUUAGCAGGACGAGUGGUAUGUUCUCCAAGCGUCGCCAGGGACCAGAGUCAAAGUUACCGUUUAAAGUGAUCCUGUAUCGUUGCAAUUUGAACGGGUCAAAUGGAGAAGUACACAAAACAAAUAUUCAAACUGUUAUGGCUUGUAUGGGCAGCCAUAGUUCCAGUACCGUUGUUCAUUUGUUUGUUAAGGCUCGUUUGAAUUUGAAUUCUCCACCAUAAUUCUGUGCCAAGUCAGAAUGUGGUGCCUGGGUGAGAGCUUGUGUGAGCUGUACCUUGUGUAGGACUGCUCUACCCAUUCAGACUGUACUGUACUGCAUGUGGCUCUGCCUCUCUGUCCUGAUGAUAGGUUUUAACUCAUGUAAUAAUAAUGUAAGAUGGCACACAAUGUGGAUGUAGGCUCCAGAUGUUUUUACCGAAAUGUUUAUUUCUUGUAUGGCAGUUUGUUUUUGUUUUUAUUUUUAUUUUUAUUUUAUAUAAAUAUAUAUAUAUAAAGGUUACUUUACUCCCUUUACAUUUAGGGGUCGGGACUCAUCUGAACUUUCUCCCCCUUCCAGUUACAAAAAGCAAAGUCAGAUUUGUUGAGUCUUUUUAAAACCUCCAUUGGCAAUGAAACUGAUUUGGCAAAAACGAUUGUGUUCGGAUGACAUUUUUUCCUCCACUGGUGGAUUUAGAUUUGGGUUGACGUCCAACCGAAGUCGGUAUAAUUAUAACCUGAUGUUUUUGGUGCAAAUCCAAAUGCUUUGUCUGAAGUCUUCGUUAUUUGUAUAUGCAUUCUUUAAAAAAAUAUUAAACUUAUACCUUAAUUGCCUUUGCAACGUUUGCCUUACUGUUUUUAUUUGACGCUUGAUUAAAAAUUAUUUCGUUAUCAAAGUGCAAUUUCAUUUAAUAUACGAAAAUAUGGUAACAUUUCAUUUUACUUUUCGAUGCUGCUGGACGCAUUUGAUAGUCUUCAAAACCAGUGCUUUCCCCAAGUACCACCAGACUUUUGGGUUAAUAGGUUUUACUCAUCAAUUUCUUGAUCACUUUCGAAAACAUCUGAAAGGAAUUAUUUGAAAGCUUGUGAAAAUCUAGUUUCUCAUGUCUUGACCAGUAGAGUGCGGUGACCCUAAAUUUCAGUGGGGCAGAAACUACUUGAUGACCGUAUGAUGACCACAACCACAAUUUAUGUUUUCUUAAUAUGUAUAUUCCGAGCUAUAAUAAACAACUUUAAACUUUUACAUCAAACAACUUGUCCGGCCAAGUUGUUUGAUGGCUUCUCUUCUAAUUUUAACCUCCAAUGUUUUUUUCAACAACCUCAACAUUGUUCAUCACAGGUGCAACACCACUCACCAAUCUGCAUUUGAUAUAGAAACGACGAAAGAUACUUGUGGAAUAAUUCGAGUUGAAACAAUUCUAGAAUAUGACCAUGUCCAUGUGACUACUUUACGACCAUAUUGGCGGCUUUUAUCGCGGAUUGCAAUUCUUGUUGCAGCCUGCAGGGUUAUGCGAUAACGCCGUCAAACGCGGUCGCUGAGCUGCCCUGUCCAAACAUUGCAUGACACUUCCGCUAGAUCGUCACCAUCAUUCACAAUUUUAUGUCAACAGACCAAACAUAUUCGGAAAGCCUACAGAAACUAUUGAUAGUUAAUGUGACAAUCGCACUAUUCAAAAUAGACUUGGAGCAAUGAGUUACUGAGGAACUAUUUUUUUGGGAACAUGCUUUUGCAAGUAGUUC